UUUAUUAUUAUUAUAAAGGUGACACUGCUACAUAAUAAUUAUCAAAGAUGAAAUUAAACUCCAUUAGAGUGGUUGGGCCAUGCACAACCAGUUCUAGAUCAGUUGGAUCGUCGUCGUCUUCUUUCCGGUGUUGCACUCUCACUCCUGUACAAUCUCAGCCCACUGCAAAGAGACUUAGAGUGAGUAUCGACGAAAAUCAUCAUGGUAACGAUCAAGGGAUCAUCACCAACCAAGUAAUCAAUGGCUCACACCACGCAUUGCUCCAACCGGUUAGGAGCGAUCGGACUAAACUUGGAAAGAAAUGGAAGGAGUACCAAGGUGUCAAAAACUGGGACGGUUUACUUGACCCUCUGGACGAAAACUUACGCCGGGAGAUACUCAGGUACGGUCAGUUUGCCGAUGCUGCUUACAAGUCCUUCGACUUUGACCCUUCUUCUCCUUCUUACGCCACAUGCAAGUUCCCCAAGAGCUCAUUUCUCGAACGGUCCGGUCUCCCGGAAACCGGUUACAGGGUAACCCGAAACCUAAGAGCCACUUCAGGCAUUCAGCUCCCGCGCUGGUUCGACCGGGCGCCCAGUUGGGUUGCCACCAAGUCCAGCUGGAUAGGCUACGUGGCAGUGUGUCAGGACAAGGAUGAAAUCGCCCGGCUUGGCCGCCGUGACGUGGUGAUUUCUUUUCGGGGCACUGCCACUUGUCUGGAAUGGCUUGAGAAUCUACGAGCCACACUGUCCCAUCUCCCGAGCCAAACCGGGUCGGACUGUGACGCUUUUGGGCCCGACGAGUGUGGGCCCAUGGUUGAAAGCGGGUUUUUGAGUCUGUACACCUCCAGUACGGACCACAGCCCAAGUCUCCAGCAAAUGGUGAGACACGAAAUAGGCAGGCUUCUCCAGUCUUACGGAGACCAGCCUCUGAGCCUGACCAUCACCGGCCACAGCCUCGGCGCUGCGCUUGCCACGUUGGCAGCUUACGACAUCAAAACCCACUUCAAUCGGGCCCCGCUCGUGACCGUAAUUUCCUUUGGCGGGCCCCGCGUCGGAAACCAGAGCUUCCGGUGUCGUUUGGAGAAGCAGGGAACCAAAGUGCUGAGGAUAGUGAACUCGGACGACGUGAUCACGAAAGUCCCCGGUUUCGUUUUCGACGAAUGCCACGUGUCACGAGCGCAUGAAUUCCACGUGGCAGGGCUGCCCCGCUGGAUACGUAGGCAAGUCGAGGACAGUAGUCCCAGCUGGGUCUACGCCGAGGUGGGAAGAGAGUUAAGACUAAGUAGCCGGGACUCUCCGUACCUCAGCGGGUUUAACGUUGCUACGUGCCACGAUCUCAAAACUUAUCUCCACUUAAUAGAUGGGUUCGUGAGUUCCACGUGUCCUUUCAGAGCUACAGCUAGGAGAAUGCUAGGCAAACACCCCCGAUCAGAGACUCUUGCCAGAGCUUAAUCUCCUAAACCUUUUUUUCGUUCGAAAGAAAACGACGGCGUUUUGAACCUCUUGUCUUUGUUUAUUUUUUGUUUGUCUGGCUCACCUAAAACGGCGGCGUUUCAGUCAAAUUAUGUAAAUACACCGAUGCGCACUUACUUUUUUUUUUCCCUUGAAUUUGUUGACGUGGGGUGCGCAUUGUACAUAUUCUUUGUAAACGAAAUUCGUACCAAGAAUUCCUUCA